UGUCGCGUGCAGGACGGACGUGCGAGACCGCGCGCGGGUUGAAGCUAACGCUCGUGAUGCAUCGAGAACGAGAUUGCUCGUGAAAGACGGCCCGAUCGUUGAACUCCCCCGCGUCCGUGUCCGUGUAAGCGCGAGUGAAUUAGCGAAUGGCGUCAUUGGCGUCGAGCGUUCUACCGUCCAGGUCCAGCCGGGAAGGUUAACCUGCAAUAAACCGAACGGCGACGCGCGGCACGCGGGAAGAUGCCGCGCGCCAAGAGUUUGCCGCAGAAGCUGGUCAAGGUGGCGAGCUGUCACCCGUCGGCGAGCACAUGGGUGUUCCUCAUGAAGGAAGAUACUCUGGACAGCACAAGCGGGAGUCAACCAGAGAUCGUAAAGCUUAGACAUCCAGCGUCCGAUAAGCCGGCUGUAUUCGCAUUCAGCCCUGGAAAUCUCACGGUGCAAGAGGUUUUGAUCUUUGACGAAAAGAAGAGAUCUUGGUUCAUCGAUAAUAAUGUUAAAUCUGAUGGCAAGUUGCACUUGUCGACACCAAUCGAUCCAAUCUUCUUGGCUUUGCCAUACUUAAGGAAGUCGCAAAUGGCGCAACCUUUGGAACAAUGUCUCUGGGAUGAAGAUUUUCCGGAGACGUCUCGUCUCGUGCAAUGUGAAAACUUGAACCUGUCGUUGGUCGCGGAUCGUAAGGGAGAUGAAUCGCUGCAAGCGUUCAAGUUUAAUGAGGAGAAAUCGUUGAACUGGUUGCGAAAGAAGGUAGAAAAGGUAGCGCACGUACUAAAAGAAAAAGGAGUCCAUGUAUCUCAAGGGGCUAUGAGUGCCACUUACGUUAAGAGUACUAAAUACGAAAGUGGUACAGAAGCAGAAUACUUAAAAUAUGCGCAUGGUAUCGUGUCAGAAUACCUUGCCGAAGAUCUCUCAAAGAAGCUGGCACAACGUUUGAAUAUAUCUGACGAAGUGGAGAAUAAAAAACGCAAGCUGACUAGUCCUAAAAAUGAGACGGAUGAGAAGAAACUUAAGAAAGAUUCGGUGGAAGAAAGCCCAGUGUCGAAAACAAAGAAGCAGACAAAAGAAUUAAGUAAACCUGAAAAGAGCCAAAAAAGCGCUGCCCCUGGCAAAAAGGAAUUGGCUAGGCAGAGAGCAGCGGCAGGAUCUAAAAGCAUUACUAGCUUUUUUCAAAAGAAAUAAAUGUCAAGAAAGUGUAGAAUGUUUUUAAAGAUUAAUGCAUUAUAGACAUUUGUCAUUAUAUCAUGUACGGUUUUAAAAUUUUUACUACUACGUAUAAAUCUGUGUGUUUAAUGUCAAAGUUGAAAAUUUUAAUAUUUUAUUGAUAAUUAUGUAACAAACAAAUUUUUUCCGCCAAUAUUUCAAUAAG